AUGAACGGAAAUGAUUGCAACGAAAAUGGCACAGACACAUUCCUAAUGCCUUUGAAAAAGAAGCGUUGUCCUCAGAAACCGGACGAAAAUGGUAUUCCGCCCUCCCAUGCCACUCGAUUCGAAGAUUCAGUCGAGUGGAAGUGGACAAAGUGUACAAGCGAAGGCCUGUUCCGGACGCUGGGCCGGUACUACGACGAGACGUGGUUUCCUACCGCGGUCAACGAGUGGUGUCAGCUGUACUACCGGUGCAAUCAUGCGGCUGACUAUUGGUGGCACAGGGAUGAGUGGCUGGCCGGCGACGAGGAGAUUCGGCUGGCCGUGUGGGCUGAAGUGCUUAGGUACCGAGACCAACACGAUGCGGACCACGCCGAACAGUGCGACACCGACCUGAUGUACAUAGACGAUCGAGUGGACGCUGCCAAGGUAAUGGAAAUUCAUGGGGCCCUAAACGAAGCCAACGAUCGGAUCGACUUAAAACGAGUGGACGUACAAGUCACCUAUGUCGAGAAACCGAAUGCCGCGGAAAGGAAACGGAUGGAAGUAGAAGCUGCUGAGAUAGCACUGGCCGAUCCAGACGAGGAUCCAGACUGGGUUGAAAUGCGACGCAAAAUGAGAGGCUCGUUUGCAGCAUUAAAUCUGGCCCGGUGUGAUGUCAGCGCCGAACUCCUAGACCACAUCAUGAUUGAGCUGUGUAAGUAUUGGGCCAAUGCUCCAGAAAUAGAGCAUGUGAUCGAUCCGCUACUUGAGCGGAACAUCAUGCGUGAGAUACAAAAUUUCCGGUACAAACUUUUCAACGUAGCCGUUGAGAUUGAACCGCAGCUCGAACAGUCAUCCUCAGAAACGGAGGAACCAGAACAGUGCUACAUUCGACCACGGUCAUCAUCACUGCCACCACCACCCCCACCAUCAUCACCCGUGAUCUGUAAGAAACCRAAACCUAGAACAGCAAGCUGUCGCAUUCGUAGACCGGCAACCAAUAAGUUGGCAGAGGCUAGGGCUCGACAAAACGCUGCCCGGGCGCAGAAUCGUGAAAGUGCGUCCAUGGGUCAAUGA